UUUUCAAUUUCCCCACAUUUUUCUGCAAUUGUUUUCCCCCUUCGAUGUUCCCUUAUCCUAUCUCUCUUUACUUAUCUGCAUUUAUUACCUCUAGUUCAGGGAUUCUAUUCUGAAGACUCGAUUACUUAUCUGCAUUUAUUACCACAAUUUUUUCGUAUCCCUGUUACUUUGUUGCGAAACAUAACUUCCAGAAAUCAUGCUUGAGUGGUUAAAGUCGGAAUUUCAGACAGAACAACAUGCUGAUGCGAUGCUCAACGAAAACGAAGAGCCUUCAACUUCAUGUUCACCUCCGACCAUUUAUGUUGUUUGGCUAAAUACAUGACCAUUUUCAGACCGAGAGCUGAAUGAGAAACUUUUUUUUAGAGCAGAUGCUUGUGUUGAAGGCAACAUCAAAGUCUAUUUUGAUCCAAGCUGUCUGCGGUUUGAAGGUUAGCUGACCGGAAACCAGAUAUGAUGGUCAAGCAAAAGCUUCGCCAAGCUGUAGAUUUUUUGUACUCCUGUGGCUGUGCCACUUCUGAGGCAUAUACACGAAUUGUGAUUGAUUGUGUUCGAUCGAAUGACAUCAAUCAAGCCAAGAGAUUACAAGCUCACAUGGAGCGUUACCUUUUUCAACCCAUAGAUGCCUUUGUCCAUAAUCAACUCCUCCAUCUAUAUGCGAAAUUUGGAAAGCUUUCAGAUGCUCAAAACCUGUUUGAUAAAAUGGUCAAGAAAGAUAUUUAUUCUUGGAAUGCAAUGCUUUCAGCCUAUGCAAAGUUGGGGUUGGCAGAGGAUUUGUGUGCACUUUUUGAUCGAAUGCCUUAUCGUGAUUCUGUUUCAUAUAACACCAUAAUAGCAAGUCUUACGAACAAUGGGCUUUCAGAAAAAGCUUUGAGGGCUCUGGCACAGAUGAAGGAAGAAAGGAUAGAACCCACAGAGCACACCUAUGUCAGUGCAUUGCAGGCAUGUUCUCAUUUAUUGGAUUUCAGGCAUGGGAGACAGAUUCAUGGGAGAGCUAUUGUUGGUAAUUCGAUGCAAAAUGCUUAUGUAUGCAAUUCUAUGAUUGAUAUGUAUGCCAAUUGUGGAGACGUAGGUAGGGCAAGGUGGUUAUUUGAUAAAAUGGUUGAUAAAAAUGUUGUUUCAUGGAAUCUGAUGAUCUCUGUAUAUGUGAAAAAAGGGAAUCCUGAUGAGUGCAUUCAUUUGUUUGGUAAGAUGCAGUUAUCAGGCUUUAAACCCGAUCAAGUUACAGUUUCAAAUGUCCUCAAUGCUUACUUUCAGUGCGGAUGUGUAGAUGAUGCAAAGAAAAUAUUUGGCAAAAUAACAAAAAGGGAUGAGAUUUGUUGGACCACAAUGAUAGUUGGUUAUGCACAAAAUGGGAGAGAAGAGGAUGCUUUGAUGUUAUUCUGUCAUAUGCUACAUGAAAAUGUUCGACCUGACAGUUUCACCAUCUCAAGUGUGGUAAGCUCUUGUGCGAAACUAGCUUCAUUGUACCAUGGUCAGGUUGUUCACGGAAAAGCCAUUCUUAUGGGUGUUGAUGAUAACAUGCUUGUGUCAAGUGCUCUAGUAGAUAUGUACUGCAAAUGUGGAGUAACUUCUGAUGCUUGGGUCAUUUUUGAAGCUAUGCCUAGUCGGAGUGUUGUUACUUGGAAUGCUAUGAUUAGGGGUUAUGCACGAAAUGGACAGGGCUUAGAGGCUGUAGCCCUGUAUGAAAGGAUGUUGGAGGAGAAGUUAAAACCUGAUAAUAUUACUUUUGUGGGUGUCUUAUCUGCUUGUAUCAAUGCAGAUAUGGUAGAACAAGGGCAGAGGUAUUUUGAUUCUAUUAUCGCACAUGGCAUGACACCCACUUUGGAUCACUAUGCAUGUAUGAUUACUCUCCUUGGUCGGUCAGGUUAUAUCAGUAAAGCAGUGGAUUUGAUAAAAACUAUGCCUCAUAAACCAGAUUACUUAAUUUGGUCCACUUUGCUAUCACUUUGUACUGCGAAGCGUGACAUAAAACAUGCAGAGUUGGCUGCUAGGAAUCUCCUUGAAUUGGAUCCACUUAAUGCGGCACCUUAUAUCUUGAUCUCCAACAUGUAUGCUGCUUGUGGGAGAUGGAAUGACGUAGCUGCCAUAAGAUCUUUAAUGAAGAGAAAUAAUGCAAAGAAGUUUGCGGCUUACAGUUGGAUUGAGAUUGAAAAUGAAGUUCACAGAUUUGUUUCUGAAGACUGUGCUCACCCGGAAGUCGAAAAAAUCUAUUGUGAACUGACCCGCUUGAUCACAAAAUUGCAGGAAUUUGGGUAUAAUCCAGAUACAAAGAUUGUUCUGCAUGAUGUAGGGGAGGAAGAGAAGGUCAGAUCCAUCUCCUACCAUAGUGAGAAAAUAGCUCUUGCAUUUGCAUUAAUGAGGAAGCCCCAUGGUGUUGCUCCCAUUAGGAUCAUAAAGAACAUACGUGUCUGUGAUGACUGCCAUACUUUCAUGAAAUCUGCAUCCUUGAUGAUUGAACGGGCAAUCAUACUUAGAGAUUCGAAUAGGUUUCAUCAUUUCAUUGGUGGAAGCUGCUCUUGCAAGGACCGUUGGUAAAGUCUUAGUGAGAUGUUAACCUGCUGAGCUAUAAUGAUAUCUGGAAUGAAUAAGGACAUACAACACUCAGGAGCAUCCCCUCAGAAAAUC